AUGGAAGGAAGCGAAGCGAAGCCUUUGGGCCACGUGAUCGAAGGCGAGGAAAGUGAAGAGGAGGAAGAGGUGGACGAGAGCGACGGAGAGCUGACCGAGGAGAUUCGUGUCAAGACUGCCGCUGCUGGUCUUGUCUUUGAAGGAGAAGAUGACGAGGAGGAAGAGGAGCCGGAAGACGAGGAAGAGAGGAGCACACAGGGCACGAAGACUGCGGGCGCGGACGAGGGCGUCGAUGACGGUAGCGAGAUCCAAAUGGUCGCUGAUGAUCGACGUGGAAGCGACGCGUCUGGUGGGAUCGAGGCACUGCAUGACUCCGUAAACACCAGUGCCUCGGGGGACAAGCCGAGCGCUGCGCCAUACACGACCUUAGGUGCGUUCAGCGAUGCCAUCGCGCCGCUGUUGAAGACGACGCGCAAGAAGGGGCUCAUUCAGGAGCAGAGUGCGGCCGAACGCAAGAUCCAGCGCCACAACCAAGGUAUACGAACGACGAUCAACGCCAAGCUCCACCAGACGUUCCAGGCACGUUGUAUUCAACCCAACGCAUACAUACCCAUUCUAAUUCUAAUCGUCGGUGUCCAGUCCACACACAAGGACGUGAUGCAAGUCUCCCAUCAGUUGGAUCUAGUGCGCAACGUCACACAGGACCUGAACAUCAAGGUGCACGCCAUAAACGAUGACCUUGAGAAGCUGACCGCGACCAUCGACAAAACGUGCGGAUCCUUCCUGCAGCUGCUCCAGCCCUCCCUCCAAGGCCGCACCGUGCACACCUGA